AUGGAGGUGGGUGGAUACUGCACUGUGGGGGUGCAGAUGCAGGUGUGUGGACAAUGCACUGAGGGGAUGCUGGUAUGUGGAUACUGCAAUGUGGGGAUGCAGGUGUGUCGAUACUGCACUGUCGGGAUUCAGGUAUGUGGAUACUGCACUGUGGGGAUGCAAGUGUGUGGAGACUGCACUGUGGGGAUGCAGUUAUGUAGAUACGGCACUGUGGGGAUGGAGGUGGGUGGAUACUGCACUGUGGGGAUGCAGAUGUGUGGAUACUUUACUGUGGGGGUGCAGGUGUGUGAAUACUGCACGGUGGAGAUGCAGGUGUGUGGUAACUGCAAUGUUGGAAUGCAGGUGUGUGGAAACUGCACUAUGGGGAUGCAUAUGCGUGAAUACUGCACUGUGGGAAUCCAGGUGUGUGGAUACUGCACCGUGGGGAUGCAGGUGUGUGGAUACUGCACUGUGAGAAUGCAGGUAUGUGGAUACUGCACUGUGGGGAUUCAGGCGUGUGAAUACUGCACUGUGAGAAUGCAGGUGAUGCAUGCACCCAGGUCGUUGAGAACUUAA